AUUUAUCUAUAUACAAUCUAUAUCUCUCUAUCUCUCUAUCUCCGUCUAUAUAUCUUUUUCUCUAUUUAUCCAUCUAUCCAUCUCUUUCUCUCUUAUGACUCUUUCCGCGAGCUGACGACGUGAUAUAAACUCGUGGAAUCCCACGUGGAUUCCCUCCGUUUCUGGGUUCUCUCUCGUGCGUGUCCGAUUAAAGAACCGAAGAGAAAAGAAAAAGAAGAAGGAGGAAGAAGGAAGAAGAAGAAGAAGUAGAAGUAGAAGAAGAAAUACGACGGAGAAUUUCCUAAGGAGAUGCGAAGGACUACCCUCGGCUUCAAGGUCGUGGAAUGACGGAUAAGGUCACCCCGAGCAGAGAGACGGAGCAAGGCCGAGGGUGACAGAAACAGUGUGAUGAGUGGAUACCUCGGUAGCAUCACCCUACCCCCGACGUUGUUGCACGACCCGAAGUAUCCUCCAGCCAUGCGGGAGAAGGACUCGAGUCCUCGAAAGAUGCCGGGCCAUAUAAGCCCGAAGCAGGCGAGUAUUUAUCCAUUGAGCGUGCGAGUACCAGACGUCGAGGAAUUACCGUACGAUCUCAGUCAUGGACAUGGUCGUGGGCUAUCAAGUCCGACCUUGAACCAGCAACAACAUCAUCACCAUCAGCAACAACAACAGCCUCACAUGAGUCCUGCUGCGAGACCACCGCAGCCUCAUCAACAGGAUGAACUCGAUUGUGAGCCGCUCGAUCUACGUGUCGAUCAUAAAAAAGAAAGACUCAGGGACGAGAAUCAGAAUGAGAUAGAGGUGCUCAAUCAGAACAGUCUAGGUGGUAGUCUACCUUAUCACACGGUCCUAUUUCCUCAACAUCAUGCUGUCCAUCCUUUGGUACUCGAAGCUAUGUACAGAUCGCACCAUCACAAUUCAACCGUGACGGAUCUACCGAAGAUUCAAGUUAGAGCACUACCUACGAUGGUACCAUUACCACCUAAUAGAUUUUCCUCGACGACUUCUUCCACUUCCUCCUCUUCUUCCUCGCAACCCAACAACGCCAGAGUACCAAGUCCGAUCGGUACUAAUACUACUAUUAGUACUACUAAUCAACAACAGCAUCAAUCUGCUCAACAGUUAAAUAACAAUCAAUCUCAAGCGCAACAACAGCAGCAGCAACAACAACAACAACAGCAGCAGCAACAACAGCAACAACAAUCGCAAUCACAACAACAACAACAGCAACAAGCUACCAGCCUACCACCCUAUUCCAUUACCGUUCAAGCCGGUCUUAAACCCAAGGACAGAUACUCGUGUAAAUUUUGUGGAAAGGUUUUCCCACGAUCGGCAAAUCUCACAAGACACCUUCGAACUCAUACAGGCGAACAACCAUACAAAUGUAAAUAUUGCGAGAGGAGCUUCAGCAUCUCGAGUAAUCUUCAACGUCACGUUAGAAAUAUUCAUAACAAGGAAAAACCGUUCAAGUGUCCUUUAUGCGAGAGAUGCUUCGGCCAACAGACAAAUUUGGAUAGACAUUUGAAGAAACACGACGCAGAUGGCCCGACGAUAUUAGACGAAGUUAGAUCGAGGUAUCACGGACAAUUACCUAGAGCCGACGAUUCCUAUUUCGAAGAGAUACGCAGUUUUAUGGGGAAAAUAACAUCCCAAAGGCAAGGGAUACCUUAUUUCCCGGGUCUAUUGAGUCAUACUCAAGACGAUUAUCGAAGUGACAAACAACAGUUGCAAUUGGAAGAGAAGAGAGGUGACUCGUCUUAUUUCAGUGAUCGAGACAACCUUAGUUCGAGGUCGAGUAGCACAACUAGUAGACCUGAGAGUGUACAAGAAGAACAAAGAGACGUCAAUUCUCCCCCAUUGUCACCUGGAAAUAAUACCUGAAUAAUUUACAUCGUUCGUGACUCUUAUCAUUUUUAGGAAACAAACUUACAAAGGGAUCAUCGAAAACAACAAAUGACAAAUAUUCAAUAUAUUAUACAUACAUACAUACAUAUAUAUAUAUAUGUGUGUGUGUGUGUGUGUGUAAUCUAUAAGAGAUCAUAAGAAUCAAAGCGAAGAAUAUAUUUUUAAUUAAUAUCGAACUGUAUUCUAAUGAGAGAAAGACAGUCGAAACGAAGAACGAUAUAUGUGAAUAUCCAAUCACGUUGUGCCUUACUAUUAGAGAAUAUAGGGGAAAAGCUUAAUGUAAAUUAGUAUCUCGAUUAGUUUGUAGAACUCGCGCGGAGAGAAUCGAGCGGAAGUCGAUAACGCGAAAUCGAUUAAGUAAAAAAGAGACAGAGAGAGAGAGAUACACAGAGAAAGAGAGAGAGAGAGAGAGAGGGAAGUAGAGAGAAAGAGAAAAAGGGAAAUACAGAUUAGGAAGGAGAAAAUUCUUCGAGUUAGCUUUCGAAAUCAACGAGUAGUAGAGUUUCCUCUUUCAUCGCGGAUGCUGUCGCAACACGAGAUAUUAUGAACGGCGCGAUAAAACCUGCUCGCUUCUCCACGAUCGAGCGAGUUUUAAGGAGUACGACUCGGUGCAAGGUACUUAGUUACUUAUUUACAAAUGACUCUGAAAUCUCAUUGAGCUAUUAUAUAUUCCGUUUUUAUAUUAUAUUACAUAGAAAGCUAUAAUAAUAGACCUCGUAUAAAUCUUUAUUAUUCCGGUACGAAAUAUAUAUAUAUAUAUAUAUAUAUAUAUAUAUAUAUAUUUCGAUAAUUUUUCGAUAUCAAUAUCUUUACAUUAAGAUUGAUAUCAAUACUCAUAUACUUAUAUACUCAUAUACCGCUCGACCGGCAUAUAUAAAUUCUCGUUUUAUGAAAGAAAGAGAGAGAGAGAAAGAGAGAGAGAGAGAGAGAGAGAGAGAGAGAAAGAAAGAUAGAGAUAGAUAGAGAAUAACGAUAGAAGAAGGAACGAUUAGUUCCUGCGGAAUAACGACGAGCGGGACGACUUUUCGAUUUUACGAUCUAGAAAGUGAAUUUAGAACGCUCCGACGUAAUUUGCGAUAGCAGUUGUCUGCGAAAAGGAAAGAAGAAGAAAGAAAGAUAAAGAAAUAAGUGAGUAAAAAAAAAAACAAAAUAAAAGAAAUGAAAAAGAAAAGAAAUAGACGGAUAGAUAAAUAGAGAGAUAGAUAGAGAAAAGAAAAAGGAAGAAUAUAAUAUUGUUUAGAAAUCAAGUUAGGCUGGUUGGCUGGCUCGCUGGUUACUCUCUCGUAUAGUAAUUAUAACGUUUAUUAAUUAUGGAGUGGAAGGAGUGUGACAAGGUGGAAAAACAUUUCCUGUUAACAUGAUCACGAUGAUGACGACGAUAAUGAUGAUGAUGAUGAUAAUAAUGAUGAUGAUGAUGAUGAUGAUGAUGAUGAUGAUGAUGAUGAUGAUGAUGAUCGAAGGGAUAGGUCAACAAGUGGAAAAGUAGUUUCACCGAAACGUAACGUAACGUAGUACGUUUUACAUAUUUCAAAAAAGAAAAAAAGACAAUAAAAAAUUCUAAUCGAAGUUGUCGUCGACAACUUGUUCGAUGACGUUUUUCCUCGGAUGAUUCAUAUCGGCAUAAAUGAUCUAACUAACUAUUUCUUCUCUCCCUUUCGUCUUGAUCUCUCCCUCUUCCUCUUGUUGUUCUUCUUAAAUUAAUCGCGAAUCCAUCCUUUAACUUUCUAGAGUUUCUAUUGAGUAGUACUAGACACGGGUGUCGAUGGAUAACGUUUGUUAGAAGCCGUUAGACCUUUUGCCAGAUCUCUUUUAACUUCGAUUAACCUCUAACGAUCUAACGAUGACUCGCGAUUGUUAAAUUAUAUAUAUAUAUAUAUAUAUAUAUAUAUAUAUAUAUAUAGUAUACCAAUGGCGGAAUACGAGCUAUGAAUUGUACGCGAUUAACGAUAAUAUCGCUAAUUUCAUCUUUGUGUCGAAGAAAGAGAGAAAGAGAGAAAGAGAAACAAGAUAAACUCUGACUUGGAAAGGUAGAAAAAGAUUAUCUUAAAUUUUUCUUGUUAUUGUUGUUCUCCUCAUAACAUCGUAUGCUAUCGC